UCAACAACACUCAAAAGUCACUCGAGUCACCUGUUUGACUGAUGUCACAUAUCAGAUCUUCUCAUCUUCAUAGUUAGGGAAAAGAAAAGCAGCCUACCACCUCUAGAAAUGGAGGUAAGUUUUAGUAUGAUCAACACAGUGCUAUGUGUUGUCGGAGUGAUAGUGAUGAUAUACGGAUGGAGAUUUUUCAACUGGGUCUGGUUGAAACCGAAGAAGAUGGACAAGUUCCUGAGAGAACAAGGCUUGAAUGGAAAUCCAUACAAAUUUCUGUAUGGAGACAUAAAAGAGAUGGUGCAGAUGACCACUGAUGCCAGAUCGAAACCCAUAAAUCUCACCGAUGAUAUCAUCCCACGUGUCAUGCCAUUUUUUUAUGACUCCGCGCGAAGACUUAUGGUAAAGGAAAGAAUUUUUACACUUGGAUGGGCCCACUACCAAUGA